AUGACAGACGUAGAAUAUAAUUCUGUCUUUCUAGAUAUGCUUCGUUUUCUUGGUCGUGUUGUUGUUGUUACUGGUGCUGGAAAUGGUUUAGGCAAAGAAUAUGCACUUGCUUUUGGUGCACGUGGUGCAAGCGUCGUAGUUAAUGAUUUAGGUGGAAAUACAUCAGGUGAUAGUAGUCAAUCAUCACGACCAGCUGAUGAAGUUGUUAAACUUAUUCAAGCAAGUGGUGGAAAAGCUGUAGCCGAUUACAAUUCAGUUGAAAAUGGAAAAGCUGUUAUACAAACCGCAAUCGAUAAUUUUGGUCGCAUAGAUAUUCUUGUUAAUAAUGCAGGAAUUUUACGUGAUAAAAGUUUUGUUAACAUGACUGAACAAGAUUGGGAUCUUGUACAUCGUAUUCAUUUACGCGCCGCUUAUUCAUUAACACAUGCAGCUUGGCCAUAUAUGCGAAAACAACAAUUUGGAAGAGUUAUUUUUACAACAUCAACAUCAGGUCUCUAUGGCAAUUUUGGACAGGCAAAUUAUAGUGCUGCUAAAAUGGGUUUAGUUGGUUUAUCAAAUACUCUUUCAUUUGAAGGAGCUAAAUAUAAUAUAACAUGUAAUGCUAUUGCACCAACAGCUUUUUCUCGUUUAACUCAAGGUCUUCUACCAUCGGGUGCUGAAGAAAAUUUAAAACCAGAAUUUGUUAUGCCACUUGUUUUAUAUUUAUGUCAUGAAUCAUGUUCCGAUACAGGUUCAUUAUUUGAAGUAGCUGGUGGAUGGAUAGGUAAAGUUCGUUUACAAAAAUCAUCUGGUGCAAUGGUACGUCGUGCAAAUGCACCAAUGACAGCUGAAGAUGUACGUGAUAAUUGGAAAGAUAUAAUUAGUUUUGCUAAACCACUCUAUCAUUUAACACAAGCCGAUCAAGUAUCACAUAUAAUGAAUGUAGUCGAAACAAUUAGUAAUAAUGAUGAAAAAACAACAAAUGAUAUUUUUACUCAAACAUUUUCUUAUACAUCAAAUCAAGUUAUUUUAUAUGCACUUGCUGUUGGUUGUUCAUUACGUCAACCAAAUUCAUUACGUUUUCUAUAUGAAAAUCAUGAAAAUUUUUCUGUUUUACCAACAUUUUCUGUUAUACCAGCACAAUCAUUAUCAUUACCUAUGAUUACAUCAGGAAAAUUAGGUCUUGAGAUUGAUUUAACUCGAGUUCUUCAUGGUGAACAAUAUAUUGAAUUAUAUAAACCAUUACCAACAUCGGGUACUAUGACAUUAAAAGGAAAAAUUGUUGAUUUACUUGAUAAAGGUUCUGGCGCUGUUCUUAUUUAUGAUGUUGAAAUGUUUGAUGAAACAGAAACAUUAAUUUCACUCAAUCAGUUUGUUAUUUUUUCUGUUGGUUCGGGUAAUUUUGGUGGUAAAAAAACUAGUGAAAAUCAACGACCAACAGUUGCAGCACCAAAACGAAAAGCUGAUCAAGUUUAUCGAGAAACAACAAGUAUUGAUCAAGCAGCAUUAUAUCGUUUAACUGGUGAUGAAAAUCCACUACAUAUUGAUCCUUCAUUUGCAUCAGUAGCUGGCUUUUCACGACCUAUUCUACAUGGUUUAUGUUCAUUUGGUCAUGCCGUUCGACAUGUUUUACAUACCUAUGCUAAUGAUGAUCCAACACUAUUUAAAGCUACAAAAGUUCGUUUCAAUAAACCUGUCGAUCCAGGUCAAACUAUUGAAACACAUAUGUGGUGUGAAGGAAAUCGAAUCUUUUUCGAAUCAAAAGUUCCAGAAUCAAAUCAAACAGUAUUAACCGGUGGAUACAUGGAUCUACAUAAGGUUGUUCUUAAUACAAAUUCACCAGGUGCUACUCAGGAAAGUUCUAAAAGUACAACAACAACAACAACAACGAAAUCAUCAGGAGUAGAUUUGAAAGCUAGAACAGCUUUUGAUGAAAUAAAUAAACGUGCUAAAAGUCAACCGGAUCUUGUUAAGAAAAUUGGAGCUAUUAUUGUAUUUGACAUAACAAAAGAUGGAAAGGUUCAACAAAGUUGGACUAUUGAUGGAAAAAAAGGUAGUAUUUAUGAAGGUAAACCUCAAGAAGGAACAACGGCUCAAGUUACAAUUACAGUUGAUGAUAAUGAUUUUGUUGAUUUAGCUUCAGGCAAGGCUAGUGCACCUGCACUUUUUGCUAAGGGAAAGGUAAAAGCCAAAGGCAAUGUGAUGUUAGCACAAAAAUUAUCGGUAUUAUUUAAAGAUCAAGCCAAAUUAUAA